CAAAAGUAUCUCUGAGUCUCAACCACUUCCUGAUUUGUUAUGUGUGUCUAAUGAGCUGGUUUUGACGGCAAAGGAUGUUGUUUCUUGGUUGCUCUCAGCUUUUGCUAUUAUGCGGAGCCCAACGUGACUUAUCAGCUCUUGAAGCCAAAGUUCGUAUGUGGUUGUCAAUGCCAGGUUGUAUCACAGGGAGAGGAUGAAAAAAUGAGAUGGAAGAAAGAGCAAGAGCAACAAAGUACAUGAUGGAACAGGCGCCGUGAGGGAAAACCUUAGCUUGGAUGGACCCAGGGAAUUCUACGUGGCUGGGAGAGUCCAAGCCUAUCCGGUGCUGCUUCAGAGCUGCCUUUGGGUUUUUCUGGUGGGUCGAAGUUCCGUCAUCUGCUGUGAACACGGAGCAGAGGCUAGAAGGCCUGUAACUCCACCAAAUCUACGCAAGGAGAGAGGUAAAGCACAGGAGCUGGAUUGAGAAGGAAGACCGGGUUAGAUGCUGCGGCUGGCAAACGGAAUCAAUGACAAACGACAACAAAUGGAAAAUCUAGAACAGAAGAUAAAAGGAUGCUCCACCUUGCCCCUGAAAGUGGAUCACCCAAGGGAGCCUAGAAGCAUCAGGUCUUUCACGUAUGCCACUAUGCCUCUGCAAAAACAGAAGCUACUCUGCAGGCUCAUCAUUUUGUGAUGAAGAAUGGCCCUGACAUCCACAUCAUCUCCAACAGUUUCUGAGGCCUAGUGACUCAAGCUGGAAUAUUGGGACAAUCAUCUGUCAGCAACGAUCUAACAAGGAAAGAGAUGAGUACCCACCAAAGCAGUAUGGGGUUAGCUUGUCCCCCACUUUUUUGAGAGAGAUGCUCUUCUGUGCUCUCUGUUUCUUCCAGCACCCUGAGCAGCACUGUUGAAGCCCUCUGGUGAUGACAGGCAUGUCAGCUCCCAAUGCUACUUUGUGCAAGGAUCAUAGUGCCAGUCACCGGCUGCACCUGAUUGGAUACAGCCUGAUCUUCACAGCAGGCUUGCUACUCAAUGUUGCAGCACUCUGGAUCUUCCUGUUCUACCUGAGACUCAAGUCUGUGGUGAGGAUCUACAUGUUAAACUUGGCCGCGAGCGACCUCCUUUUCACAAUAUCUUUGCCAUUACGUAUUUACUACUAUUCCGUGGGGAAGUGGCCCUUUGGAGUUAUUCUUUGCCAGGUCUCUGGCUCUGUCUUCCAAAUCAACAUGUAUGGCAGCUGCCUCUUCCUAAUGUGCAUCAACUUGGACCGCUUUGUUGCUAUUGUGCAUCCACUACGCUGGCGCCAUCUCAGGCGCCCCAAGGUGGCCCGGCUGCUCUGCCUUGUGGUGUGGGUGCUUAUUCUGGUGGGCUCCGUUCCAGUUGCUGGGGUCCACCAAACAACUGAAUGUUUCAAAGAAAAUCAAACAAACGAGUCCAUCACUCUGUGUUUUGAAAGCUUCAGCGAUGGUCUGUGGCAGAAUGGGCUCUUCCCGCUGGUCAUCCUAGCAGAGAUCCUGGGCUUCCUGCUGCCUCUGACCUCCGUGACCUACUGCUCAGUCCGAAUUUUUCAGAAACUGUGCCAGGCUGGUGGUGCUCAGAGCCUGCGCCAGCAAAAGACAAUUCGCAUGCUGGUGGUCAACCUCGUCAUCUUUGUUAUCUGCUUUGUCCCUUACAACAUCAUCCUGGCCGUCUAUGGGCUGAUAAAAGCCCAUGUGAUUCAGACUGAACCACCAACGCGGGAUUCAGUGCGCCAAGCCCUGGUUGUCACUGUGCUGUUGGCCAGUAUGAACUGCACUUUGGACCCCUUGGUCUAUUACUUCAACACGGAGGGCUUCCGAAACACUUUAAAGAAGCUGAGAAGGGGGCAAGCUUGGGACUCCGAAACGGGGACGCUUCAGACUCGGGUAACACAAGGCAAGUCCUACCAGGCACAUGCGAAGCCAGGAGCCAAAUGUUUCCCAGUCCAGAACUUGAUCCUCUCCCGUGAGGACUUGCCAUUUGCCUCCCCUAAGAUAUUUUUGAACAGUCCCAUUGAGGACUCUGAAAUAUAAGGGCACUUCCAGAUGGGGUUUUAGUCUAGAAUUGUCACACCUGUCCAUUCAGGUUUUGGGAUGGACAAUAUCGCCCAUCCCAAUAUUGUCCUCCAUUGGAUGUCAACCUGUACUUUCUCCACGCUUAUAUUGUCACAUUUAUUACCACAGAAACACCCCCACCUUUUUUUUGUUUUUUAACAGCAGUGCAGUUGAGCAGUAAUUUCAUAUGGUGGCACAACUUUUCUUUCGUUUUGAUUUAGGUAUGGUUGUGAUGUAAUUUGAGGAGUUGAGCCAAAUCACCACACUGCUGCACUUCUACGGCAGAGGACACCUGUACCUUUGCCCCUUUCCUUUCUGACUGCCACCAUUAGAUGUUCUUUUUUGAGGAGAGGAAGCUAUCUCUCUCUCUCUUUCUCUUUUUGACACUGUAAUUCUCUUGCAAAUGUCAACUAGGUGCUCCUAUUAUUGGCAACAUAACACCAGAUCGACUAAUUAGCUUUGGAGUUUAUACCGUAUUAGCACCUAUGGUAACUGAAAUGGAAAAUGGAAAGAAUUACCAUGGUGUUUCCUGGCAGCACACAGAGACUACUGAUCCACUGGACAUUGGGGGGAGCCGAAAAUACAGGAACAACUCUAGAGCAGACACCACAGUAUUGACACCUCUCAGUAUAUUGCACUGCAGAUGAGGGCAUAUUAUAAAAAGGUGCGUGGGAGAUGGCAAUGGUAAACCCCUCCUGUAUUCUACCAAAGAAAACCACAUGGCUCUGUGGUCACCAGGAGUCAACACUGACUCAAAGGCACAAUUUUACCUGUAUACAUGUUCUAACCACAACAAAUCAAACAAAAUGUCUGCUUUUCCUGGCAUUCCUUUAGUAUGGUGCCCAACAUGGAAGAUAUUUCAUAACGGUGGCGGUGGUGGUAGUAUCUUUACAAGGUUAAUAGCUGACAUUUUGCAACAUAAUACCGUACUGACUAGCUCAUAAUGAUGAAGACAUAACAUGCUACUGACUUUCAUAUUUGCACUUGCCAAAGUACAAUAUUAAAAAAUGGGGGGAGAGGGGAGUGGUUAGAGUGCCAGCUUAUAGAGCGAUCUCUGAGGCAAGAUCACUUCCAGUUUCUAGUGCUAUACCGGGUAUGGUGCUUCUGAUGUAUUAGCAAUAUGGCCCCAUGGUACCAAUCAUUUAAAAUAAAGUUAUCAUU